AUGCGUGGCACGGACCACCCCCAUAGUAAAAGUUCCCCACCAGCACUUUCUGGCCACCUUAACUGUUGUGUGCCAUUUGACCGCCCAACUUUGGUCGCACCUCAGCCCCGGGGAAAUCACCCCGCCGCAACGGUGUUGCCUCUGCCUGCUCGAUCCCGACCCCUUACACGGGAAAGGUUGACGGGCCUAGGCCGCAUCGCUGCGGCGACCGAAGUCCGGGUGCCUUUUGGUGCCCGGCAUCGUUGGAGUCUGUGGAUCACUGGCCGCUGGCCAUACCCGAUACUCAGAUUCCUGGAGGGAGCCGCCCCGCGGAAUCCGCCGUUCGUCGGCGUGCCCGCGGGGUCCGGACCCUUCACCCGAGGACCAUAUGCCGCAGCCAGACAGCGCCCGCAAGGGCGGCCUGAACGGAACACCUGCGUGCGGACUGGUGCUGAGGGGGCUUAG